AUGCCAGAAGACGUGAUACUCGCACGGUCGGCAGAACCGCAUAUGCCUACAAACACCAUUGAUCCUGAACGCUUCUCUGUAAUGUAUACCAUACUACCGCCUAUGGUACAGAGCCGUAUACCCAAACUACCGUCGAUAAGACAAGCAGUCGGCCGACUACGCAGAUCCUCAAGCUAUGCUUCGUCAAUUUCAGACUCUACCGGGACACGGACACCUCCGCCUAGGUAUAGCUCGAGGCCAGCAAGUGCGGGAGAGAAUAGAUGGUCCAUGAUAUCGGACAGCGAGGCUGCAGAAAUCUCCCAUAACGACGAGGUAAAUCUCGAUCAUCCCUCGUCGUCGCGCUCAACACCCCCUACGUUUCUGGUAUCCGAGGAUCAGAGCGGUAUCAACUGGAAAUACGCCAACCAAGGUCUCAGUCUCCUGACAGAAGCCUACCAUGAAUCCUUGUCCCUCUCCCGAAACCACGAGAACAGCCAACCAUCUCUCAGCCGCCAACUCUACAUGCACGGCCUGACCUACCUACUCCGCGGCCUGCCGAGCAACAUGACCGCAGAGGAAAACCUAAGCAUCCGCUUCGCCCUACCCAGCGGCAUAGCCGAGUCACCAGCGCUGGAUCCAACGACCGGAGCUCUGAUCCCCGUCUACACGAACCCCACAGCAUCGCAACCCAAAGAUCAAAAUCCCGAACCAUCAAUCGUCCACCGCAUCCUCGCCUCCUCAAUAGUCCACCUCUUCCUCCUCGCGCACCUAGUCCUGCCAUACAUCAAGCUCUUCCUUGGCCACGCCUACCGCUACGAGCGGGAGCACCGCAUCUCGGAGCGCGUCUUCAGCACGUCGGUUAAUGCGGUUGAUGAGGUGGGGAAGCGCAGCUUGGCGCUUACGCAGACGGUGUGCGCGAUGAAUGACGGGAAGGUCGGGCAGAUGAUGAAUGAUGCGGCGGUCUGGUGGGUGAGGGGUCUGACGGGUGGGAUACAUGAGGGGGUUUCGGAGGGAUUGGGGCUUGUGAAGGGGAAAGGGGGUUGA